AGGAAAAAACAAAACCAGGAAAUAAAAAUAGAAGCUGAAAAUGAAGUCAAAAUCACAAGCCAGCCAAUUCUCACAGCCUCACAGAAAAAGAAGCUGAGGAAGAAGAAGAAAGCUUUGGAGAAAGAAGCUGCGGGUGUCACUGUAAGCUUCAAAGAGACCAGUGAAGCCACAGCCACAGCCAGCAGGGACAGCAGUGUGGUGGUGCCUGUCCUUCACUCAUGCUGUGGUAGUGAAGAAAGCAAGCAGAAGAUAAAGAAUGGAUGGCAGCUAGCGGAAGGUCAUGAGGACUCUCUUGUUGAAGGUGACGUAGAAGUGAUCCGGAAGCCGUUUCUCUCCUGCUACGUCAAGAACCUGUUGGAGAAUGAAGUGUUUUUAGAGGGAGUCAAGAAAGAGUUAGCUGACAUUCCUCUCCUCGCUAAGAACAAUGAUCUGUAUAAGUUCCACCAGACGCCAGACCUCAAGAGCGUCACCACCCCUUACAUCUCUGCCCUGAGGGACUUCCUGUACAAUGACAUGAGGGUCUGGCUACAGGAUAUCACAGGACUCCCUCUGCAGGACACCGUUGACAUGGGGUCCUCCAGAUACAGUUACACAGAUGUGUUGCUGUGCCAUGAUGAUGUGCUGGAGGGCCGCCUCAUCGCCUACAUCCUCUACUUGGUUCCUCCGUGGACCAGCGAGGACGGUGGCACUCUUGACCUCUUCUCCUGUGAUGACAGCGGCCAACCAAAGGAGAUCGUGAGGUCGCUGGUCCCCAAGAACAAUGCCUUUGCCUUCUUCCAAGUCUGCCCCACCUCCUUCCAUCAGGUUUCCGAGGUUCUGUCACGGAACAAAACUCGUCUGUCAAUCAACGGGUGGUUCCACGGCCCCCCGGUGAUGCAGCAGCAGGGGAAGAUGCCCCCUCCCCUGCCCCCCGAUGCCCCAGGACAGUCUGAAGGCAGCGGAAAGUGUUCAAUUAUUCCCCCGCCCUUCACUGCUCCGGGAGACUUUGAGGAGGAAGAUUUCUACGCAUGGAUUAACCCGAUCUACCUUGACCCGGAGACACAGCGGGAGAUCAGGAGGAAGUUCAGUGAGUCGUCUGAGGUGGCACUGGAGAACUUCUUGACGCAGGAGGUGAAUGAGAAGGUGUCCAUGGCCAUGUGGUACUGCAAGGCGUGGAAGCAGAGCGGACCCCCAAACAGACAGUCUUAUCAGUACCUCCCGUGGGAUGACAUGCCGCAGGAGGUGAGGGAGUGCCAAAGGUUCCUGCAGUGUGAGGCGUUCUUCCUGGUCCUGUCGCAGCUCACGGGACUCCGCCUGCACACCAUGGCACCGCAGGACUCAGAUGAUGACUCCGAGGAUGAGGAGGAUAUUGUCCAACCCAACCCAAGGAGUCGAGUGGAGGUGCAGCGCUGGAGCCACAAAUGCUACACGCUGCUGAGGGACGAUGACUGCACUGACCGCCGCUCCGCCCUCGACGCCUACCUCUUCAAUAAUGUGAAUAGUCUGUGGAACGAGACCAUGGGCGGCCACAUCUCCUACAUAGAGAAGGACGAGGAUGAGGAGUUACUGACAGUGGAGCCCAAAAAAAACACUCUGAGCCUGGUGUAUUGUGACGCCCAGACAAUGCGUUUCACCAAGUACAUCAACUCCUCCUCUGUGGGCCUGGAAAACAACUCCCACUACUACAACAUCUCCUGUGUCUACUAUGAGUGAUUGAUUGGCCCUCUGUGUGUGUGUGAGUGUGUAAGAGAGAGAGAGAGAGCAAUUUUAGCAAGUCAAGAUAUAAUAGCAAGGUUUACGAUGAAUAAUAGAGCUUAGUGUGCAUUACCUGUGAUCCUAAAUGUAAGAUUAAGUUAUUUGCAGCAUUGGAUUUUGCUCAGUUUGCUGGUAACUGACUGGUGGGAGACGCUCAAUGUGAUGUGAUCCAACUCUUUACAAUAGUUGAGAGUUACUGUUGUGAAGUAAAGUGGUGUUAGCAAAUGA